AUGGCGAAAGUGCCCACCACUGGCAAUCCCGGAUAUUUACCUUACUCGCCUCAGACCACCAAAGCUCAGACCCUUCCAUUGUCGUCUCUCGCAGCGCACAACAUACACACCGUGCGCAUUACCUGGGUUGAUCUAAUCAACGAUACUCGCAUUCGUGUUCUUCCCCUCUCAUCCUUUCAGCGCCUUCUCGCCUCCUCUAGACCGGGGAUAACUAUCUCCCAAUGCCUCUUCGGCAUCGCAGGUAUCAGGAUCGCAUCUGGGUUUGGGGCCACAGGGGAGUACCUGCAUGUGGUGGACUUAUCAUCCAUUAGAUUGUGUUCCUAUGCACCGGGUCAUGUAAGUAUUAUGGGCUGGUUCCAGGACAAGGUCCCUGCUCCAGGUCGGGUGCUUGGCACGGGUGUGCCAAUGUGUCCACGAUCAACACUGAAACGUAUUGUCGACACUGCCAAAUCUCACAAUGCUGCGUUUCUCGUUGGAUUUGAGACCGAAUUUAUUCUCCUCAAAAGCACGAAUCCGAUCGAGGCGGUCAAUUCGCACGGUUGGAACGACUCGCGAGCGCUACUUUCAGGAACCAAAGAAACAGAAGUGAUCGAGGAGAUCGCGCAUGGACUCGUCGAUAGUGGGAUCGAAUUGAUGAUGUAUCAUUCCGAAGGAGCGCCAGGGCAGUACGAGAUCGUGACGGGUCCACUGCCACCUCUUGAAGCUGCUGAUGCGCUCGUACACACACGGGAGACGAUCGUCAACAUCGCAAGCAAGCACGGGCUUCGUGCGACGUUUGCACCCAGGUUAAAUAUGGAUAACUGUGGCAGUGGAGCACACACUCACAUCUCUGUGCACCCUGUCAGUUCUGGACAACCAUCUGGAACUCAGUCGCCAGCGAGUAACAAGAAUCAGGCAUCAGACAAUCUUCUCACUCCUCUCGAACGCGUUUUCCUAGCUGGUUUACUCAACCACCUUCCAGCUGCCUGUGCCUUCACACUACCCCUACGUGCCUCCUAUGCACGCAUGCUCGAUGGGAUUUGGAGCGGUGGUACAUGGAUCGCGUGGGGGAAGGAUAACCGCGAAGCGCCUGUGCGCUUUUGUGUUGCUCCUGUGCACGUAGAACCAGAGCCUGCAACCCCCGCCAACGCUGCGUCGAAGAACCGCUUUGAAAUCAAAUGUAUAGACGGCACGUCUUCCCCCUACCUCGUUCUCUCCGGUCUCCUCGGCUCCGGGCUCCUUGGUAUCCAAUCUCAAGCACCGCUCGUUGAGCAGAGUUGUGCUAAGCCUGCUGCAGAGAUGACAGAGGCAGAGAGGGAGACAAUGGGCGUGAGGCGGCGUAUGCCGUUGACUUGGGAGGAGGCGAGGGCUGCACUGGAGGGAGAUCAGGCGUUUAGGGGCUUGUUUGGGGGCCUUGUGGAGGGAUUCUUAUCGGUGGGGAAGGUGAGUCAUCUGUUUGUUGGGUUGUGA